AUCAUAUUUGUUACUCUAUAGUUCUUCCAUCUUACCUCCAUGUUUCUAUGUCUCAAGUGCUUUAUCUCCCUUUUUCUUUUAUUGUUGUCUUCUUGUUGUUGGUUGUCUAGUCUGGCUCUCUGCCAUCAGUUAAGGAGGAUUCAUUUACCACUAAAGUGUUAGACUUUUCCAGUCUUGAAGUCACUGAAACUAUCAAUGUCAUUGACCCAGAAGCAGGGGUAUCCAACCUAAGCGUUCCUCCCCAGGCUCCCUACGAACCUUCCCAUACAUGCGCACCACUUCUAAUGGAGCUCCAAAUCAUUGAGGAAGCUACAAACUCCACUCCAGUUUCCAGAUCCACAGUGCUCUACACCACCUCUACGACCUCGGAAUCUUCUGGCUUGACACUCAAAAAAAACCAUUCUGAGAAACUGCUGGAAGUUUCUAGCGCAAAGGGUACAAAGGCUAAAACCUCUGAGCCUCGUAAAACGCCUAUUUCCUCACCAGAAUUGUCUGUAAAAAGUUCAAGCCUGCAAAUGUCAGGUUUAAACAAACAUGCAGAUAAAUUGCCCAACACAAUCAGCCUGGUUGCAAACACCUCAAGUCCUGUUUCAGUGGCUAAAAGCCCCAGCCCACCAGGAGUUAUUAAGAGCUCAAGUAGGAUUGUUGAUGUGAAAAGUUCUAGUCCUGUAACAAUUGCUAAAAGCCCUAGCCCAGUCAUAGUAAGGAAGAACCCAAGCCACAAAAAGGUUCCCAAGAGUAGCAGUCCUGUUACAGCAACUAAAAGUCUAGUCCUUGGGGACUCUGCCAAGAGUCCAAGUUCUGAGGCAGGUAUUACUAGCAAGAGUCCUGUGCCAACUCCCAUGCCACUGCCUGCUCCUCCAGUUUCAAAGCUAACAUUAACUCCAAAACCUUCCAAAGAGAAACUUGAUAAUUCUGAAUCAGGCAUAUUGGGGAUUAGUCUUCCUUGCCCUGAGCCUCUGCUUGAGGAAGCUCUGGACAAGCUGCUGGUAUCCAGUCUUUCCCAACCAGAGCCAAUCAAACGAGUGCCAUUAACGAUGGUUGAAGGAUCCUCACCAAAAUGUGAUCAGCAGAGGUUGAUCACUGAAGACCUGGCACUUCUGGGUCGAUCAACACCACAGGAUGGCUGUGAAGGUACGGUUAUGCCUGUAACUGAGGCCGGAUGGAUGGACGAUUCCCUAAACUCCGCAUUGUUCUUUGGGAUGUCAGAUGUUUCUCUGCACCUUCCAGUUCUCCAGCCAUCAGCAGUUGAAAGGCUGUCUGCAUCUGGACAACUUAAAUCUGUAAUCAGACGUACAAAGGAAACAUCCAAUGUCCACCCAAUGUUUCGUGAUGGCCACAUGCGCAGAAAAAUGGGCCCAAUCGUUCUUAACAAGAGUACCUCCCAGGAUCGACUCAUUAAAGAGCUGCAAGGGAAACUAGGCAUUGGUCGCACCCAACUGGAGCACCCGCAUAAACAGCCAGAUGAUUGGCUUACAGAAGGGGUCAUUGUCUGUUCCAACCCUCAGCGUUCAAGAGAGGAGCAUGGUGUAUCACCAACUGUGGAUAAGAUCAUCAUUCCUCCAGAGUCACCCAGUCCUACGAAAAAAGUCCUAACCCAUCCUGUGCCAAAAAAGCCAGAGCCUUCUACUCUUCCCCCACCACCUCCACCCCCUAAAGAACCCACUCCUCCUCCACCUCCUCAGCGCUCCCCGUCACUUCCACCUCCACCUAAAUACCCCGAUCCUCCUCCUAUCCCACCUUCUCCACCUAAAGCUGUGACCCCGCCCCCUCCUCCAAAGGUUUGGGCUUCUGUGGGCUGCCAAACGGAAUAUGAACCCCUUUUUCCACCGGUACAGGCAUGAACUUGUUCUGUCUUUCCUCUGUUCAUCUGCAUCUGAUCUCAGAGCUUGCACCUUUGUCUUACACUCUCAAUAAGGGUCCCACAGUCAUGGAAAACCUAGAAAAAUCUGUGAAUUUUAAAAUUGCUUUUUGAAAAA